CCAGCAGCACCAGCAGCAGUUGCUGCAGCAACCGUGGGGUGAUCUGUUCGGCAAUUACAGCUUCAUGGCCGACGACACGAAUCUUAGCCAACCCCUGCCACGAAGCCCCCGAACCGAGGCGGUUUCCACGGGACAAGAGUCCCCAAACGGGUGGGCAGGCCUCGGCAGCCAACGCCAGGUCUCGCAAAUGCAGCCCUUGCUCAUGUCUUCGGCUGGGAUGUCGCAGCUGCAAGGCCGGACGCUAGUUGGGGGUGCUGCAAACAUGGGCAGUCAUUGCCGGAGCAGCAUGAGCAGCACCACCGGCCUACCAUCGUUGUCGCCAUUGUCGUCGGCACCAUCACAAGCCAGUGGUGGACCGUCGUCUCCGCGGCAGCGCCAAAGCCAACGCCUUGUGAUAGACCAGGCCCCCGGUGCUUCUCCUAGACCUCAAUCUUCACCGCUGGGGAGCGAGAGCCAUGAGAGACAAGAACAGGGAAUGGUCUAUGAUAUCUGAACCGCCCUUGACUCGUCUGCCUCACGUGUGACAUACUUGUGUGGAUGGUGACAAUCCUUACAAAACCGGCCGCCCCUUGUGUCUUGUGUCGAGCGGGAUCGUCUCGUCGUCCAUUUACUCCGUCUCUUCGUGCGUUGUGUUUUAUUCUGUCUCCAAAGGGGAGACACAUUUUGGCAUGCUGUUGUUUGUCUGACACCAGCUGCCACCGAGACAGUGCGACCGACAGUCGAGCUGGGGUUGAUUUGUUUCUAUAGCUGAAACGGCGUGUCCUUACCCCCGGCUACGUCCUGUGCUUGUAAAUUUUCGUGUUUCUCGUGGUUUGUUCCGGCGUGUCUUGUGCCACCUAAAUCGCGGGUUGACAUGGGUUUAGUGUAUUUUUACUACGGUACUUGUUAUCUUCUUGUGGCUUGAGGCGCGCGGCCCGAAUGGGACGAUUUUUGCGGUUUGCUGCUUUGCAUUCCACCUACUCGGGGGCAGUGUAGCCAUCCUUUUCGUAGUCGUCAACUUGAAUAGUUUUGGUAGGAGCGGGUGCUGAUGGCGAGGUUGCUCCACUACUCUCGCAUCGCCUUGUACAGGACGACGGGUUGUAGAAUUUUCGUGUGGAGCCUCUCGGGGACGCGAAGUUGGGUGUGAACGGUGCACCCAGGUUACGUGAUCGUUCCAAAAACUUCUGGUAGUGGUGACGGGGGACAGCCUUAGCCUGCUACUCUCCUGUACACCUGUACAUCGCGCGCUUCGAUUAGCAAGACGUUCAACUAUUAUUUUUGGCGGCGUUCAGGGCUACGACGUAGAGCGAUUGCUACCACGUGGAUAUGACGCCCUGGAGUAGUAGGCCACGACCAAUACAAACGUCCGUGAGUUUUCUUGCGCCUCUGUAGAGAUCUUCGUUUCACAGGUAGAUAUACCGAGUUGAGCUUCCCCGCGGGCUUGUUUUGUUGAAGGAACAAAGGGGGGGGGUGGUGAGCAAGGGUAUUCUCAUGAUACUGGCUGCUUUGAAACUUGGCAGCGAGCCGUGGACGGGGCUUGGCAACUACAUGUGCGGCUGCAAAGAAUAUGUGUAGCAAGGAUUGCACCGUGUUGCGUAUCGGCUCGAUGCUUGAUGCUUGAUGAUUGAGGUUUGUCACCCCAUGCCCCUCCACCUGCGAGGUGGCGACAUCCAGUCGUUCCACACUAAGGGAAAGCUAUCGAAGCCAGCGUGUGUGUUUUCGGAAGAAAUUCGACUGGUGGUGUCGAUUUACGAACACCGUGAAACUCCAUCUUCAGGAAAGAGUCGGUGGGGCGAAUCGGAUGUAGAGUAGGGCGAGCGAGGUGCGGGCAUCAUAUAAGAGGCACGCACGUGGUCAUGUAUGGACAUCAUGGGAAAAAGUAGCGGUUAUGCACAGUGUCUGUUUCAGCGUCGUGCUUAGUUUCUAGUAGAUAUCAUGACAGGGUUCGUUGCCGGGGUUUGGUUGAAGUGGCCACUGAAAUUAACAACACUGGACGGCAGUAUUCGACUGCUUUUUUUUCCGUAGCCGACAUCCUUGCCUUGUACAAGGGAUGGCAGAGGUCGGUCUCUUGUCCCGCCUAUUUUCAGCAAGGUGCUCGUUUGUUGCGUUUCUGGAGCAUUUUUCUUCUUCAUUUUUGCUAGAGGAUUAGAUGACUCGAGUUUGUUGUACGAUAAAGAGCUGCCAGUAGAAUUUUCGCCAGCUGACAAGGUUGGUUGGAACGUUUGGGUGAUCGUUUCCGUUUGGUGCGCAGGAGAAGAAAUGCGAGGGUAUGGGAAAUAGAGCGAACACCCUUAAUGAAACUUCUGCAACUGGGGUGAUU